UGCUCAAACCGGCCUUUUCCUGUAUUUUAGCCGGUCUUGAUUAGCCGGCUUUGGAGAAAGCCAGGUGACUAAUUGUGGGCCGAGAAGUGUUGCUUACGCCACAGAUUUCCACGGACAAGGUCCCAAAGGUGAACGUAAACUGGUCCGUCUUGUUGAAGAGCCGUGUUUGCUAGUUUGUUGGUCGUCCACUUCAAGACCGUCCAGAAACCACGUGCUCGAGGAAACAACUCCGACAAAUCUUUGGCAGAGGAAGAUCCACUAAGCACAUUCAGCCAAUAGCUUGGUACGUCUAUUUGUGUCGACGGUGCGGAAAUCAGUUCCGAUUAAGACGGUUUCCAAAUAUGACUUACCCUCAAGUACAGAAAUUGAUCCUGGGAUCGGUUUUCUUGGUCCAAAUGGCGUUGGCCGAUUUGACUUGUUUCCAAUGUUCGGAGUUUUCUGGCGAUCUGGCAUGCCCAUCAUCUUCGGAUGGUCCAACAACGUGGGCUCAAGAGUCGCAACGGUACUCGAAUCUAACCGGAAAUGACGUUUAUUGUGCCAUUGGAUAUUCAAACCUGACCAAGAAGGUUUAUUAUCAGAGUGGGCUGGGAACCUCCCUAUGCACGAGCACCACUUUUCAAAAUAAUAUCAUCACCAGGAUCCAUCAAACACCUGGUGGCUCUCAUGGAAAAGUGACUUGCUGUAGCGCUCAUGGGUGCAACUGGGACGUGACAUCGGCCUUGCAAAACACAGCAGUGGACUUGCUUGGCACUCAGUCCUCGAGUAAUGGAGGCCUGGUGGAUGGCAACACUUCAACCACGACCAACACCACUUUAACAACAAUACCGUCUACAAGUAGCGACACAACAGUCGUACCCAAUAUCAACACCACGGUCGUACCCAACAUCACCACAACUACAAGUGUUUUAACUUCAACCGUCCCUCCCACCACAGCCCCUCCUACCCCAACCAGUAGCGUCAAUAACGUUAGCAAUAGCACUGUAAUUGUUGUAAGCAUAACUAGCAGCACAACAACAUCACCGGUGACGACAACGGGUCUCAACAUCAAUGUCACAAAUGUUAGCAAUUCAACCAUCAAUGGGUUAAACAAUACAUCGGGUGUCAAUACGACGAUUAUUGGAUCUAAUAACAUAACCACCACAACAACUAUCCCGACGAAUUCCUCAACCACAACCAAUACAACAACUACUCAACCCACUACUAUAGACAAUAUCAAUGGCACAACAAGUAGACCAAUAGAAAACACAACCAGCAGUGGAGUUUUCACAAACACAACCCAAAUUGGAAAUGGCACAUCCAUCUUGCCAAGUACUACCGUCCCCACCAUCUUCCCCACCACCGUCCCCACCACCGUUCCCACCACCCAAAUCGCAAAUGGAACAAAUACGACUCUCAACCCUAUCGUUACUAACAACAUCACUACCACAGUCAGCAGCAACACCACAACCACCAUAGCCACAACCACCGUCAUAAGUGGUACAACAUUUAACGGCAAUGCAACAACCAUUGGCAAUGUUUCUACCCAAAAUCCUUCAAACAACGCGACAACAUCUUCAACGUUUUCAACCCUAGCUCCAGGAUCGAAUAGUAGUACCUCAGUGGCCGGAACAAUUAAUGGCACCUCAACAGUAUCUUCAGCCUCCACCGCCGCAUCUACCACCAGUCAAGAGAACGCCAAUUCAGUUGGAACAUCGGCAACUGUUUCUGGAAGCUCAUCGACACAACCUUCAACAAGUACAACCUCGUCCACGAGUUCCACAGUUACGAACUCGGCAAAUGGCCGGAGAGAAGUCGGUACAAGCGAAAGGACAAAUGAUGAGAGCUCGGUUCAACGAAAUCGAUCACAAGAAUCCCUACCACCACAACAGCGCCUCAAACCACAACCUCGACAACUAUCAAGCCAACUGAGACCGAUGGAGAGCUUUUCUUUGAAAAGAGAGCCGUCCACGUGGGCUCUGGCUUGGGUGUUAGCUUCGUUACUCUCUCGGGCAUGUUUGCCAUAAUCACCAAAUUUAUCUAAUCCAACUUAUUUCAGAAUGAGAAUUUAAACAAGUAUGCUUGUAUCUUACAAUAUCUAGCUUUGAAAUAUCAGACUUAUUUUGGGGGA